CACCAGUUGCACGCCCUCAUCAAUAACGCGGGCGUGAUGAUGUGUCCGUACGCAAAGACCGCAGACGGAUUUGAAAUGCAGUUUGGAGUCAACCAUUUAGGUCACUUCCUGUUGACGUUCCUGCUGCUGGAGCUGCUGCAGCGCUCGGCUCCCUCCAGGAUCAUCAACCUCUCCUCCAUGGCCCACGCGUGGGGGCGGAUCCAGCUGGAGGACGUCCACAGCGAGCGGAGCUACCACCCCAGGCGGGCCUACGGCCAGAGCAAGCUGGCCAACAUCCUCUCCACCAGAGCCCUGGCCAGAAGGCUGCAGGACAGUGGAGUGACAGUGUACGCCGUGCACCCGGGCAUUGUGCGCACGGAGAUCAAGAGGCAUAUGAAUCUGGCGCUGCUCAUCUCCUGGAAGAUCGUACGACCGUUUACCAAAACCAUCCAGCAGGGGGCCCAGACGACCAUCUACUGCACCGUGGAGCCGGACAUCCAAAGUGGUGGAUACUACUGUGACUGCAAAUUGUCCAGCUGUACCCGUGCAGCAAGAGAUGACGUCAUGGCUGAAAAACUUUGGGAGCUCAGCUGCCAGAUGCUGGGAAUCACCUGGGAGUGACCUGGGAAUCACCUGGGAAUCACCUGGGAAUCACCUGGGAAUCACCUGGGAGUGACCUGGGAAUCACCUGGGAAUCACCUGGGAAUCACCUGGGAGUGACCUGGGAAUCACCUGGGAGUGACCUCACCUUACCUGCUGCACUGUCCAGAGAUGAAGAGGGAAUCAUCUGCGUGGUCAUCAGCUAGGAGAACAGAGACACGAGUGAUAAUUGAUCAACACUGCAGUUCGCCCUUUUUAUGAUUGAUAAAUCAUAGAUGGGACAUGAAUGUACUGCAAAAUUAUUGAAUUGUUGUGAUUGUGCGCUUUACAUAAUGCAGCAUUCACAGAAUCUGAUGUUUUUUUCUGUAGGGAUAUCAAACAAACCAUGCUCUGCUAUUCCACCAAAGUGGAGAGAGGCAGACUAUAAAUGCUGAUUGUGUAGAGGAGAUUAGUACGAGAGUAUAUGUCGAAUAAUAAUAUAAUUCGUACAUCAUGUCCGGUAAUCAUCAUUAAAA